UGGGGAAAAUCUGGACGAAGAGGGUCCCUCGGCUGCGCAUGCGCCGCCGGGUUGUGUUGUCUGUCCGGAUGGUGGGCUUGGAAGGGGAGUUUGUUUCGCCGCGGAGCUGUCAGGAAGAACAGUCUUCUCUUUGUUUGACUCGCCCUGGAACUGAAAUCACACCGACCCCUUGUUUCUGCUCGUUCGCACACCAGCAUCACUGGACUGCUUCAGAGAUGUUGCCUCGGCCGCGGCAGCGGAGCCUGCUUACUGAAGUAAGCUGCUGCUGACCUUGUGAGUUUGGGUUGAGUGGCUGUCGAAGUGCCACAGAUGUGGCAUGAAAUGCAGCGAAGCCAUGGUGGAUGUAGGAAAGUGGCCGAUAUUUACGCUGCUUUCACCUCAAGAAAUAGCCACUAUCCGGAAAGCCUGUGUGUUUGGAACAUCUGCCAAUGAAGCUAUAUACAUAACCCACAAUGACGAGGUAUUUGUGUUUGGGCUAAACUGUAGCAAUUGUCUGGGGACUGGAGACAACCAAAGCACCAUUGUCCCAAAGAAAAUUGACGUUCUGUGUGGAAAGAAGAUCCGCAGUCUCAGUUACGGAAGCGGGCCCCACGUGAUACUCAGCACAGAAGAUGGCGAAGUUUAUGCCUGGGGGCACAACGGAUACAGCCAACUCGGAAACGGGACCACCAACCAGGGCGUUGCACCGAUUCAAGUCUGCACCAACUUGCUAAUUAAGAGAAUAAUUGAAGUUGCUUGUGGCUCGCACCAUUCCAUGGUCCUUUCGUCUGAUGGAGAUGUGUAUGCCUGGGGCUACAAUAACUGUGGCCAAGUUGGAUCGGGCUCGACGGCCAAUCAGCCAACUCCUCGCAAGGUCUCCAACUGCCUGCAGACGAAAGUGGUGGUCAGCAUCGCCUGUGGUCAAACCUCUUCCAUGGCGGUAGUAGACAACGGUGAGGUAUAUGGCUGGGGUUAUAACGGCAACGGCCAGCUAGGUCUGGGCAACAACGGCAAUCAGUUAACGCCUUGCCGAGUGGCUGCGCUUCAAGGGAUGUGCGUAAUGCAGAUCACCUGUGGCUACGCGCACACGCUGGCGCUCACGGACGAGGGCUUGCUUUACGCCUGGGGAGCGAACACUUACGGGCAACUGGGGACUGGCAACAAGAGCAACCAGCUGAGUCCAGUGCAAAUCAUGGUGGAGAAAGAGAGAAUUGUGGAGAUCGCGGCCUGCCACUCGGCUCACACGUCCGCUGCCAAGACGCAGAGCGGCCAGAUAUACAUGUGGGGACAGUGCCGGGGGCAGUCGGUGGUUCUCCCGCAUUCCACCCAUUUCUCAUGCACGGACGACGUCUUCGCUUGCUUCUCCACUCCUGCUGUGAUGUGGCGCCUUCUCUCCUUAGAGCACGAGGACUACUUGACGGUGGCGGAGUCUCUGAAGAGAGAGUUCGAUAGUCCAGAAACCUCGGAUCUGAAGUUCAGGGUUGAUGGGAAAUUCAUCUACGUACAUAAAGCGGUUCUGAAAAUCAGAUGUGAGCACUUCCGUACCAUGUUCCAGUCCUACUGGAACGAAGACAUGAAGGAGGUGAUAGAAAUAGACCAGUUUUCCUACCCGGUGUACCGUGCCUUUCUCGAGUACCUAUAUACAGACAGCGUUGAUCUGCCGCCUGAAGACGCUAUAGGGCUUCUGGAUUUGGCUACCUCCUACUGCGAGAACAGGCUGAAGAAACUGUGCCAGCACCUGAUCAAAAGGGGGAUCACGGUGGAGAACGCCUUCUCGCUGCUCUCUGCAGCCGUCCGCUACGACGCAGAGGACUUAGAAGAAUUCUGCUUUAAGUUUUGUGUCAAUCAUUUGACAGAAGUCACCCAGACUACAGCCUUUUGGCAGAUGGAUGGGUCUCUGCUAAAGGAAUUCAUUGCUAAAGCCAGUAAAUGCGGAGCUUUUAAGAACUGAAAGAUGUAGCUAUGUCUUGGUGUGGAUGAAGCAGUCGUAGCUGGUGUAGUGACUUUCAUACGGUGCUGUGCCUCCACAGAACAUAAAACAUUUAUCUCGCCUUGUAUCAGUGAGUUACAGGAUCUACCAAGUAAAAAUCACUUUUGCCGUAGCUGUGAUUUGAGAGGAUCACCAAGAAAAGCGGUGAAGACAUCUCUAGACUUUAGGAUGCUUCUGUUCUCUUGAACAAACAUGAUAGCAGAAGGAACUGGCGUGAGACCAUGAGACCAUCAGAGGUCCAAGUCUACUGGGAGCAUCUCGGGUUUGCUUAAUUUGACCUGUUGAAACUUGACUUCAGAUCAACUUUCUUAGCACAUCUGUGCGUUUACUGGCUGUGAAGUUUUCUGGCACAAACACGAAUGACCAAAUGGAAUUAAGAGGAAGGGACAAAGAUUAUUUUUUUUUUGUCUUGUGUAUAAAAUUCAACUUACCUACUUCUAACUGUACUUGUGAAGGAAGCUGCUGGAAAGGACGUGUAUAUAUUGACUUCUGUGUUUGGGGGGGGGGGGGCGGGAUGUGUAUUUAUCUCAGUGGAACUUUGUAACUGUAAAAAAAAAAGAAUUGACCAAGUUCUACUACACUAUUUCCUAAUCUAAUUUGAAUGUGUUUUGACCCUCACCUCAGCAUUUAUAUAUAUAAUCUGUCAAAUUAUACAUGGGAUUGCGGGGAAAGGGAGCAACGAUGACCCUAUUUGCGAUGCUUAAAAGGGUGUAGAAAAGCAGACAACUGGAAAAGUGCUGUGUACUGAAAUUGUGAGUUCUUUGCAAUAAAAAUUGGUUUUGCAAA